AUGGAGACUGUAGAAGGAGAGAUAAACGGAUUUAUCAAAUCACCACAAGACCAGAGUAAUAAAUACCAGCCACAACAACCACAGCAGCCACUUCCCAAUGUGUACCCAUCGCGCUACUCAAGCAGCUCCUCACUCUCUACUUCCAACGGCACCUUAUACUCAUCCACUAGAGACUCAUUCUCAUCAAGCAACUCAAGUAAUUCGCUAGAGUACCCAAACAUUCCAAACACAAGAAAUGUCAUGUCUCUCCCCACAAUCCAUGACGCAUCAAACUCACAUUCCAAUGCAAAUUCUAACAUAGAGUUGGUGCAAGACGAAUUGGUAUUGCUCAAACAAAAGUUGAGCAAUUUAGAACAACAAUUGACAGUGCAACAACAACAACAAUUGCAAGCAUUGUUUCCAUACCAAAAUCAACAAACUGUAGAAAGCCAGUCCAAUCAACAAAGCCAACUAAACUCGCCAAAUCUUUUACAAGGAUAUUCUCAACAGAGAAAUAUAGAACUUGGCAACACUGUGAAUAAUGGAAGUAGUACAAAAACCCCUGGAUGUCCAUUGCAAGGAUACUUUACAAACGAUUCAACAGCUGCAUCAUCACAAAAAACAAGAGAGAUUGGUGAAGAUGUAGGUCCCAUUGAACUCAAAUCCUUACUCGGAUUCAACCCUAUAGACUCACCCAACGACAAGAUCAAUUUCCACGAUGGAUACAACCCGUCAAAAGAUAGAGAACCAACACGCAGAAAACAUUUGGGCCCAUUGGCAUGGAAAACUUUACUCAAAAUAGACAAUGCCAUGGUUCCAGUAUGGGCACACAUGGCCAAUAUCAAAAACAGAUAUAGGACUCGCGGGUUUAUGCCCCACGCCGAAGAUGGCGCAACCCAAGCAGAAAAGAACUUUUCCGAAAAGGUUUAUAACGACGAAUGCGAAGGGGAAGUAAGACCAUUUAGAGAAACCGUUACCAAACCAGUGACUUCGAACCCAUCGAAAUUACUCAUCACACAAGAACAACUACACGAAAAAGCACUUUGUCUUGGUCUUUCUUUUUACCAAGGUGGUUUAGACGCAGAAAUGGAGUUGGUGGAAAAGAUUAGACUUGUUUUACCAAAACAAAAAGUCAUUUGGAAAUUAUACAAUCGAUUCUUUACCCACUUGUACGCUGCGCUCCCAUUAUUGGAUGAAGUUGAAUUAAAGACACAAUUGGAAAAAUUAAUUGGGCCCGAGGAUUACAAAGAAACAAAAGUAACUGUUCACGUUGAGAAAAAAUUGGACUUUGCUUACUUGGGCAUACUCUUGAUUGUCCUUCGAUUUAGUUACAUCUCGUUGUUCAGUCACGAUUCAACAAUAAACGAAAUCAAUUUCCAAACCCAUGACCCAUCACCAAAAGCCCAGCUUGUAAAGUUUUUGUUGAAUAACCCAAUUGAUAUUGACGUGAUUGAUGUUGCUCAACUGUGCUUGGACCAAUUCAAUAUUAUGCGCACACCAAGCUUGACCUUGAUGCAAUUGGCAUUAAUGACUAGAGUAUACCACCUGUAUGCUCCUGAAGAUGGAGACGGUAUGGAUGGUGGCGAUGCACAAAUAUUCAAUGCUAGUUUAAUUCAAAUGGCAAAACUGAUUGGCUUACACCGGGACCCAGACAAUUUCCAAGAGAAUUAUUACGAUGAAAGAACCAAUCACUUGGGACGCAAAAUAUGGUACUACUUGUUAAUAAUGGAUAUGAAUCAUGCAAUGGCCAAUGGAACUUCAUUAAUGGUGGAUAUAGAUGAGUUUGAUACUAAGCAUCCAACUUAUUCACCAGGAAACGAAAAUGUUAUUGAUGUAGAACUGGAAAAGAUUGCAUGUUCAUGUUUCCCAGAUUUCCACAUUGUAUAUGGCCAAAUGAGUACGAUAUUCAAGAUGAUUUCGAAAGUUCGGGGCUCGGUCAGUAUGACAGAGCUUGUUAAGAGCGUUAAUUCAAUGGAGAUUCAUUUCAGAGAAAAAUAUGGAUCAUUGGGCCACAACUACAAUAUGUCUUCAUCUUCCAAGAAUACCAUGCCAGAUGCAAUUAGACUCAAGAUAUUUUUCCAGGGCGGGUUUUUCUUGGUGUCAAUGUACCUUCACAUUUUCAACUAUUACGAGAAAAAGAAUAAUCUUCAAUUAGCUUAUUAUUAUAUCAAAAAAAUGUUGGCUGUCGUUAUUGACGAAAUGAUGCCAUGUUUCAGUUGUUGUGUGAGUCAUAAACAAAAUAUGUUUAGAAACUCGAUCGAUUUGAUUGCCACGCCAAGUUUUGAAAUGGUGGCGCAUAAGUCAAUGGUUGUUAUUCUUGGCAUCUUUUUGAGACUCAAAUUUUUCACACAUUCAAUGGAAAAAGGUCCUGACCACUCGAUCAAGAUGAAAUCUUAUGAGACACAGGAUGUCAAGUAUCAAACACAUUUCCAGAAACUACUUAAUGUUACUGAUUUGCUAAUGAAAUGUUGGGAAGUUUAUAGAGAUGGGUUGCGCAGGUUAUCACAACGGUAUUAUUACGCUUGGGUUGUUACCAAGGCACAGCAGUUUUUGAAAAUCUUGCUUAAUGACGACUACUUGUCGACUUAUAAGCCAACAUUGAUACUCCCACCGUUUACCACUGGAAUGUUGACAAAAUUGGAAGAGUUGGCAGAAACUUCGUUAGCAAGAAUACAACAACUGAAAAAGGCAAGCAAGAAUGGGAGGAGAGCAGAUGCGGAAGAUACUGAUGGCAAUGGCAAUUUGAAUGUGAGUGGUAAUAACUAUUCCGCUAUGGCGGGUACUAAUUCCGAUAUGAGCACCGAUGACAUUUCAAUUAAUCAUAAAAACUCUGUUGGUUCAACCUCGAGUGCUGAGGAGUACAAACCCAAUGAACAAAUUGAUAGUAUAUGGCUACAAAUGAUGAAUAUGAAGAAUGAUGACCCAACAAACAAAUUUUAUGGUAAUUCCAAUACAGGAGAGAUGAUGAACAACCCAUUAACGGCCCAAACACCUAGUUUUCUUGCUCAAAAUAUGGAUGGUUCGGGUGUUGGAUUUAGUCCUGGGAUCGGAUUGUCACAGUAUUCUUUUGGUUCACAGGGUGUAAUGAAUUCUGGAAUUGCAGCUGGAGGCAAUAAUGGGGUUAGUGGGUUUGGUGGAGGUGGUGUUAGUGGUGGUGGUUACAAUUUUUCUUCAAUUUUUGAUACCAACAGUGUGAAUAUGUUUGAGAACUUCCCCAUUGAUGAGUUUUUCAAAGAUUUGUCUUGA